AUGUCACAAGAACAGCCAGAAACUGACUUCAUCCUUCUUGAUGCUCCAUUUCAUGCUUCCCUGGUGACGUUUGGGGGUGAGGGUCCGCUGCCCCUCUCCUUCCUGCAGGACCCGCAGCCACAGGCCCUGGAGCUGGCAGUGGGGGACGUCUCCAGCCUGGUGACGUCAGCCCAGGAGAAGGUGGUGAUGUGCCACGUGGUGGGUGAGGCCCUCCAGUUCCUGGUCACCGCAGAGCCCACCUCGGCCGCCAGCCCAGGGCAGCAGCUGUACGACGUGCGCCUCUCGCCGAUCCACUUACAGCUGGAGUUCCAUGUGAAAGAGAAGAGAGAAGACAUCCAGAUCAGGUGGUCCUUCAUCAGCGUGCCAGAAACCGCCGUUAGGAUCCAGCCCCGGGGUCUGAGGGAGGCCCAGGCGGGUGAGGCAGAUGCCAUAUCUGAAGUGCUCAAGGACAUCUUGAAGCAUCUGGUCAGCUCUGCCUCUCCAUCAGUGGUUCUGAGCACCAGGCCCACGGAUGUACAGGAAGCACAGAACCUCCGACGCGCUUCAUCCACCGCUCAGGAAUCCUGUCCACCCAAACCUCCAAGGGCUCAUGAACUAAAACUCCAGGUGAAGAACCUCCGGGCCUCGCUGCUCAGCCAUCCUGGUGCUUCAGGCAGCUCCUCUAAUCUAGUGUGCACCGCCCAGCUGAAUGACCCUGCUCAGAGGUUCACCAGCAUCCUAGCAAAAAACACUACUGACCUCAUGUGCGAGGAAGAAUUUACCUUUGAGCUGAAUGCCAAGUCCAGGGAGUUACAGCUGCAGAUCACAGAGGACGGGCAGGCCUCGGAAGGUCUGUUGGCAACAGCAACAGUUCGUCUGGACUUGUUUAGGAAGCAGCCUUCAGGACUGCAGAUCUUCACGCUGAGCAGCGAGCCCGCCCCCGGCAGCUCAGUACUGGGUUCGGUCACUGCAGAGUUUUCCUACAUAGAACCUGGUGAGGGGAAGUCCUGCCUGGCGCCUCUCCCUGUGCCUGCUGCGAAGAUAGAGAAGGACCGCACGGUGCUGCCAUGUGGCACUGUGGUCACCACUGUCACCGCGGUGAAGACCAAGCCUCGCUUUGACGUAGGGAGGGCAUCCCCGCUGAGCUCAGAGUCCCCUGUGAAGACACCGGUGAAGGUGAAGGUCAUUGAGAAGGACAUCUCGGUCCAGGCCGUCCCGUGCCACAGCACACCCGUCAGCAAGACGUUCUCUUCCUCAGACACAGAGCUGUUGGUGUUGAACGGCUCAGACCCAGUGGCUGAAGUUGCCAUUCGCCAACUCAGUGAAUCGUCCAAGCUGAAGCUCAAGUCCCCCCGGAAGAAAAGUACUAUCAUCAUUUCAGGGAUCUCCAAGACCUCACUAUCUCAGGACCACGAAGCUGCCCUCAUGCUGGACUACGCGGCCUCCAUGGGUGAGGCCUGCCAGGCGGAUGCUGUCCCCGAGCCGGUACCCCCAGCACCCCCAGGGGCAGCAGUCUCCGCCCCCCCUGUGCAAGACGAGCCCACCCCGGCCCCGCCCGAGCCCCGGGAGAAUGAGCUGGACUGCUGGGACCUGGAGAAGGGGUCUCAGGCAGCAGCGUGGUGCAGCCCAGCCCUGCUGGAGACGGAUGGGGACGAGCUGUCAGAGAGCUCCCUGAGCGCCUCAGAGCCGGGCACUGCCAAGAAGACCAAAGGAGGAAUGCUAAAGAGAGGCGCCAAGUUGUUCUUCCGCCGGCGGCACCAGCAUAAAGACCCGGGCAUGAGCCAGUCGCACAAUGACCUCGUGUUCCUGCAGCAGCCCGAGGAGUCCCGUGCGAGGAAGGGAGCCACCCUCACCCGGCUCCUCAACAGGAAGCUGCUCUCCAGGCACCGAAGCAAGAACACCAUGAACAGCAGCCCCCAGGAGCCCUGCGCCUAGCUGCGCCCCCUGGCGGCUGGAGCUCAGAUGUGAUGGCCCCGCCAGGGGAUGGAAGGGCGGGUCAGAUGUCUGCUGGUGUAGCUUGGUUGUUUCCAACCACCUGGUGUUUUAAAGGGAAAAGGCCGCCUGCCACUGCAGCCAGGAGCCUCCCCUAGGCUGGACUGGGACGGCUGUUGCGGGCCCCAGUGAUAGGCUUAGAGGGACGUUUGUGGGGAGGAGGCUGCGAGCAGGGAGGGGUGAGGGGGCGCGGCUCUGGCGCAGGGCUGUGUGCUCUACACGGUGUCCUGAGGAGCAGGUGCCUCUGGUGGUUGCUGUGAGUGAGACCCAGAUCACCUGUUCCGACUCGCUGCUUAGAAUGGAAGCAUGGGCCUGGCAGCAAGGAUGGGCCGGUGCACCCGGACGGCUUCUUGGUGGAGACAGUGCUUUAUGCUGGGAGCUGAGAGGCGUCGACAAGGGCAAGAAGGGAUCCGCCUUUAGCAUGAGCCAUAGAACUUGAAAACAUAUGCAAACACUAAGUAAGUGCUAAGCCCGGCGUGAGGAGCACUUCUCGAGGUUACCAGGAAUGUGCAUGCCGGGCACCUCCGCAGAUGCCCACAGGAGCCCUGCGCUUGUCUCCUGCGCUUGGCCGCUCGCUGCUGUGCAAAGCUGUCAGGCAUCCACCUUCCAGCUGCCUCCCACGGCAAGCUGAUACGGGACGCCAGGAGCAGCAGUGCGCAGCCACUUGGAAAAGAAGGACGCAUGCGCACGCACGUGCACACACAUACACACGCACACAUACACACACAACACAGGUGUUUGCCAAAUAUUGCCAUCAGCCAAACCAAGUAGUUCUCGAGUCAUAGAGGAAAUGCUUUUGACUCUCAGGUACCACCCAGUCUUAGGA